UUUGGAGCCGGAGCUCAGUGAGAUACCGUGCGUAAAAUCUUACCUGUCAGACGCAGCGGCGGUGCCAUGGCAUCCAGAGCUCCGCGAGCAAAGUCCAGCCUCGCACACGCGGAAUAACUUCCUCUUAAAGGGAUGCCAUAUGUCGUGCGACGCUGGCAAUUCUCCUAAAACUGAUAAUGUGAAGUAGGAAGGUGGGUCCGUCUCCGUCGACUCAGUUGCGCCGAAGGAACGAUGCUGAACGAACCUACGGGAGGAUUUUCUACUCCAGCCACCAGACUGCCAGAUCUUCUUUGGGACUGCAUCCUUUGAUCCACGAGAGGUUUGAACCAGCCAAAUCAUGGAGAGCCUCAGCGAGCUCCAGAACCCCCUGCUAGACAAAACCAGCAGACACGUGGUCCCCAACGACUACCAGGGCUACCAGUGCGACUACCCGAGCCAGCCCCAUCAGGACAGCCUCAUUGGCUACUACUACACCGGGCCCAAUGGCAAGCAUAAGACUCAGCAGUUCUUGGACGCCACCUCCCUUCAUCUAGCCGUGGAGGCCUUUUACAGACCCAACUUCAUCCUGUACAAGGACGACGUCAGCCUUCACAGCAAGGACUCGAAGAGCGAGAGCUUCGAGACCACUUUCACGGAGAGUAAGGACGCCGCGCCGGACGGCGUCGCCACGGAAAACGCGGCUGACUGCGCACAAGGAGAGAAGGAUGUGAAGAUCCAGACAGUGUCGUACGAGGUGGAGGAGGAGCAAGGUCCUGAGUACGAGAGUGACAGCUCCAGCGACAGCGAGAGUGAGGACAACUUCAUCGUGCUGCCCCCCCGGGACUACUUGGGCCUCGCCAUCUUCUCCAUGCUCUGCUGCUUCUGGCCCUUGGGCAUCGUUGCCUUUUACUACUCUCACAAGACCGGCAAGGCCAUUGCUAAGGGAGACUUCUCCAGAGCGGGGAUGAGCUCCAGAAGAGCCCUAUUCCUGGCUGCACUCUCCAUUACCAUCGGAGCAGGGAUGUAUGUGGGGGUGGUUGUGGCCCUCAUAGCCUACCUGUCCAAGCCUGGACACGUAUAGCACUGGGACCACUUGCUUGCGGGAGGGAGAGAGCGAGAGAGAGAGAGAGAUGGUGAGAAAGAGGAGGCAUGAUGGGAGGAAGGAAGAGGUCGGACAGAUAGCGUUGCCUCUCCCAGAGGUGUGUGCCCUCUGCUGAUGCCUGGCGCUGCAGCAAAGAGAAGAAACUGUACGAAGAGAAAAGCCAGAGAGGCAGAGCAACAGUGGAGAACAUGUGUGGACGGAGUAUUACUCGGACUGCGUAUCGAUCCGGACUGAAUCAUUAUUUCUGGGAUGCAAGGCUCCCACCGAGGUAUUCCACCACAACAAGGAGAGGAGAAAGACAGCGCGGAGAACGAUGACGACUCAUCCACAAAGACUGUGCUGUACUUAUGUUAGAAAAAUCUGUGCUCAUAGCAGUAAGAAACUACCUACCUUUUACCACGUUAGUCAUUUGCAGCAUUUUUAUUUGACCUUUACAGUAGGUGUCUCUGUCCAAGGUUGUGUAUUAUCCACUUUGUAAAUGAAAUUUCUUGGAAAAAUAACAGUUAGCCAGUGGAUUUUUAUGUGAUUAUUUAAUUAGGGAAUAAAUCAAAAGGUGAUCCGGUCAGUAAGAAGAGACAAGUGGACCCCUGACAGACUGACAACAAAGCUGCCGAGCAGUGGACAAGAGGGUUAUUAGUGUCUACUGUGUACAGUCAAUUAAGUCAAUAAAUACAUUUGGCAUGAACAGUGAA